AGAUACUUCGCCACACCGUGCGCUAACGUCGGUAGCGGCCACGACGCUAGAGCCUGCGACACGUUUCGCGACCGCUGAUCUCGUCGCAUCUGUGCUUCAUCUGGACUUUUGGGAUGAUGACCAACCAAGCACUAUAUUCUUUACGAAAUUGGCCUUUGAAAUUGUCAGCACUUACCUACAAAUUCCAGAAAAAGUGACGCGGUCGAUCAAAACCCAUUUAGAGGGAGAAGAGAAAAUCCCUGACAUUGCUGCACUGAUAACCACUAUCAAAUCGGAUCCUCUGAUAAUAGAAAAUGGAACAAUUACCGUGCUCGGAGGUUUAUUAGUGGCGUUUGUGAAUUCAGGUAAUUAUGACGCCAGAUAUCGGGUGCUUCUCAGGCACGUUGCUACAUUACUGGGUGUUGUUUGGGAAGAGUUUGAAGACGUCGAAGAUUCGCUGGCAAGCACGAUUACCGAAGAGGUUUUUGUGGAAACGAAGCAUUCAAAGCUUGCUCGAGAAAAAGUACAACGGAACAAGAAAAUCAAGCGAUUUCUUCUUGUGGGUGCUGCUGGAAGCGUAGGAGGAGUACUCAUCGGUCUCACCGGAGGUCUAGCAGCUCCUCUUGUCGCAGCGGGUGCAGGUGUGCUUAUCGGCUCAGGCGCUGCUGCUUUGGCCACUACUGCAGGUGCUGCUGUUCUGGGAACAACGUUCGGAGUAGCUGGAGCAGGCUUGGCAGGUUAUAAGAUGAAUAAACGGGUCGGAGCGAUUGAAGAGUUCUCCGUAGAAACACUUUCAGAAGGAUCGAGCCUUCAUUGCGCAUUGGUAGUUUCAGGAUGGAUCGAAGAAGAUACGUCGUGUGAGCAGGCGUUUGAACAUCAAUGGAGGCAUCUGAACUUAGCGCGAGAGCAGUACACAUUACGCUAUGAGAGCAAGUAUCUGAUGGAAUUGGGAAAAGCUAUGGAUUACAUCAUGGGCUUUGCUGUCUCUGUUGCUAUUCAACAAACACUCAUGGAAACGGUUCUAGCAGGUCUGGUCGCUGCGGUAGCUUGGCCAGUUGCAAUUGUUUCAGCCGCUUCAGUUCUUGAUAAUCCGUGGAAUGUUUGUGUGGCGAGGGCAGCGGAGGUUGGGGAACAUCUGGCAGAGUUGCUUCUUAGCCGGUCACAUGGCAAGCGGCCAAUAUCGCUGAUUGGAUUUUCGCUUGGAGCCAGGGUCAUCUAUCAUUGUUUGCUUGCAAUGAGCAAGCGAUCAGAAUCGGCAGGUAUAAUUGAGGAUGUCAUCUUGCUUGGGGCCCCAGUUUCUGCUUCACCGAAACAAUGGGAACAACUAUGUACCGUUGUCGGAGGAAGAGUUAUCAACGGUUACUGUGAGACAGACUGGCUGCUACGGUUUCUCUAUCGUACAAUGAGCGUGCAGUUCACAAUUGCUGGAACCGGUCCGGUAGUCCACAAAAACAGAAAGAUUUUCAACUACAAUCUCAGCCACAUAGUGAAAGGCCAUCUGGACUAUUCUCGAAAACUGUCUGAGGUACUUGCAGCUGUUGGAGUGAGCGUGAAGCAAUUUUCACCUGAUCUUUCUGGAGAGAAUUUUCGUGAGGCUGUUGGAGAGGCACAAGAUGCCCUGACAAUCACAGUUCCUGAACAUGAUAAAAAUGGAACAACUCAGAAUGGAACUGAUGCUGACCUUCAGAAAAUAGAGGAAAUCUCCAUAAAGGACAAAGAAAGUACAAAAUAG